AUGUUGUUCGCCUGUGAGAAGCGUACGCCAGAUGCGCAAGAGUAUCUAUUUAUAGAUAAAAGGCAACCUCUCGAUGAGUGCCGUGGAAAGCGUGCUACAUGGAAGGUUGACAUGAACACUUUUCGAACUUCAAAUGCUACAUGUACUGAACUGGUCAAAGCACACGACGGAUAUUUUUUCCCGGGUGAUUUUCACGUUACCUCCGCUGUGUCUUCACUAGAAAUAUUAUUUAUGUCGAUGAAUCGUAAGUCACUGCCCUUCUUCCUUAGAGAUGUCAGGUCCCAUAACAUCUUUAUAUAUUUAUCCCUUUCUCUCUCUCUCUCUCUCUCUCUCUCUCUGUGUUUUCUUUUUCACUCUAUCUCUCUGUUUUAUUCUUUCCCUCUCUCUUUGAUUUUUCUUUCACUCUCUCUCUCUCUCUGUUUUCUUCUUUCACUCGUUCUCUCUCUCAUUUUCUCUUUUCAUCCUCUCUCUCUGUCUUUUAUUUCCCUCUCUUUUUGUUUUCUUCUUUCUCUCUCUAUUUGCUUUCGUCUUUCACUCGCUCUCCCUCUCUCUCUCUCAUUUUCUCCUUUCUCUCUCUCUCUCUCUCUCUUUUCUUUCAAAUCUUUCUCACUUAUUGGUUUGCUUAUUUACUUUCACUUUUCCUUUCACAAUUCCCACCUUCGGGCUUUCAUUUUGCAAUUACGUUUUGUUCUUUCAAUAUUACGAAUCUUCAACUCGUCCGCCAUGCUGAUUGUAGACAUUUGA